AUGAACCCGACACGAUCACCUCCUCCUCCAGGGGUCUACGCUAGUGAUCCAGAGGACGAGAAUAGCCUCGAGAAAUUGCUGGAUCUCGUGCCAGGGCCUGCUUUACCAGCGAUCCCUGUUGCUAACUCGGUCAAUUACGGCGCUUCGGCUGGGACAGGCCUUCCUCGACAGAUGGCCCUGGAGCCCAUCUUGGAACCAGACUACGUGGCCAGAAAGAUCGACGCCGGACUCGACAUGGCGGAGAGACGCCCUUGGAGUCCGCCCUCCAGGCGGAUUUCCAAUGGGAACCUGGACUCGUUGGGGACCAGGUUGCGAAGAACUGCAGCCAGAAACCCCGCUCCUGCUCCAAGGAGGAGUAAGCGUCAACCAACGCCAGAUCAGACGCAGCUCAUGCGUUCCCUCCGAGAUGCAACGAACUCACCAAAUGGAUCUGAUAUCACGCCUUCACCCCCUGUCGCGCAGACCGUCUCCACCGACUCUAGUCCUCCAGCUGAUCCCCCUUAUCCGCGUCGACUUUCUGAAUUAUCGGACGAAACGUUGUAUCCCUCAUCGCUGAAGCAACGCGGAGUCCAUGUAGAGAAUAUUAUUGUGCGAAGCACACCCGACCGACAAAGCUCAGUCGACAAUGCCUCCGAAGUGUCGUGGAACCUGGAGCGUGACAUUCAUGAGGAUGAUCUACAACGGACAAGGCCUGGUAAAUAUCGCGAAGAGCCCCAUGGCCGCGAUAUCACGAAACCGCCUCGUCGGCCGUCGGGCCUUUCGAUGAUUCAAGACACGAUAUUAGAACAGGAUGAAGAGGCAGCGGAAGGGGACGAUGAGCUCGCUUUUGAGCCUGAGGAGGCCGUUGACGAGCUUCCCUCGCCAGAGUCCCCGCAGGAAUGGGAAGCGCCGGCCCGGACUGUCUUCUCGCGAGAAUUUCGCUCAAGGACUUCUUCGCAGUCAUCGACUGAUGACGGACAGCGUCGGGACAGCGUGGCUCAGCAGGUCUGGUCUGCAGUGUCAUCCCAACAGUCCGGCGGCGCUUCAAGCAGGAUGUGGAUACCGAAGCUACGGAUCAGAUGGUCCCGAGUCCUGCUCAUGUUCUUGAUUCCUAUGGGACUUCUGAGCUGCUUUUACUGGCAGAUCCAGCUACUUCGCAUCUUUCCAAGUGAAACCCUGGAGAGAAUUCGCUGGUGCCUACCGUUUGGGCCAUCUCCGUUUGAUUUUCCAUCAAAUUUCACCGACUCUGCUGCAUUUCAUGGGUUACAGAGUCAAGUGGUGAAUGUCAACUCCAGAGUUUCCUCUCUGUCGCGUGAGAUUGACUCGAUCCGGUCUGAACUGGCUCAAUCGCCCCAUCCCCCCGUCGGAUCCCCCAGCCCGCCUCCAAAGUCCGCACCGAAGGUGAAUUUUCUAUCACCGGGCAUGGGUGCAAUUACCCACCCCGACCCGCGGAAGACAUCGCCGACCGCUGGGAAGAAGCUCACGGUCAUGCAAAAGACCGUCCCCAAAUUCCUUCGCUCGAUGGCUGGCGUUCAUGGUCCACCGCCCCCCAUCGCUGCUCUUCUGCCUUGGAGUGAUUACGGCGACUGCUGGUGUGCUUCCCUCCGGAAUGGUGUAGCCCAAUUGACUGUUGAAUUACAGUAUCCGAUUGUUCCUGAGGAGUUGGUGGUUGAGAAUAUCCCAUUCAGUGCCACCAUCAAUCCGUUUACUGCUCCCAAGGAUAUUGAAGUGUGGGCAGAGUAUGGAGUGUUUCCCCUCUCGAAUUCGAGCGUCGCAAAUGGGACAAAGACAUCGCCUCGGUGGUCUCUACCCAGACUGUGGACGGCUCAAACGCCAAACGUGACUGAUAGCGCGCACGAAAGCAUCUCGAGAGCAGCCGUGACCGAGGAAACCCUUCCUCUCGUGGUGAUGAACACUCUUCGUAUAGCCAACCAAGGUGUGGCAGAAAGCGAGUACUCGAAUGAUCCCGAGUUGGGCCCUUCCUUUUAUCGCAUUGGCAAGAUGAGGUACGAUAUUUAUGCCGUAGACCAUGUGCAGUUCUUCCCAAUCGAGAGCGUCAUUGAGAUCCCUCAUCUUCGUGUGGAUCAUGUGACGUUCCGAAUCAAGUCGAAUUGGGGUGCCAACCAAACAUGCAUCUAUCGGCUGAAGCUCCAUGGUCAUCUCUGA